GGCUCAGUUGUUGCGUGAGAAGAGUCUGGGCAGCAUCGCGUGUGAUUUUCUGUGCAAAGUGUUCAAUUGGCGGGAAAAAAAUAAUAAAAGUGUGCUAUUGAGGAGGAAGAUAUGACCAGGCUUGCCCAUGUGAUUGUGGCUGUGGUGCUGUUCGUCUGUGGCGAGAGUCGUGUGUAUGAUCGGUGUGAAUUGGCACUGGAACUGCGCUAUAGGCAUGAGAUUUUGAGUGAUGCGGAAGUGGCAAAUUGGGUGUGCAUAGCCCAGCAUCAGUCCGCCUUCAAUACAGCAGCCGUUGGUCAUUCUGGUGGAACGGGCUAUCAUGGAUUGCUCCAGAUCAGCGAUGAAUUCUGGUGUUCGACUUUUGGCGAGGGGAAGGCAUGUGGGAUGUCCUGCUCGAGAUUGGUUGAUGAUGACAUCACAGAUGAUCUACACUGCUCCAGGAUUAUCCAUGAGGAGCACCAGAGGCUAUCGGGAGAUGGUUACAAUGCUUGGACUGUGUACAAGAGUCACUGCAACAAUGGAAGGGCUCUUCCCUACAUUCAUGGAUGUUUCGACAAUUACAUCUCCCGGGAGGACUUCCGGACGAGCUUGCCAACAGUUUCUCGACCAUCAUACACACCAAGUGAAGUGAUACGAUCUCGGUCGAGGAAGAGUUAUGGAAAGGUCUAUGAACGCUGUGAAUUAGCCCAGGAACUUGUUUAUAAGCACCAUGUGCCCAUUGAAGAGGUGGCAAUGUGGGUGUGCAUUGCUAAGCAUGAGUCUGCGUUCAAUACUUCCGCCGUGGGACACUUAAAUGCCGAUGGAAGUGGUGAUCAUGGGCUGUUUCAGAUCAGUGAUAUUUACUGGUGUUCCCCUCCAGGGAAGGGAUGGGUAUGUGGGCUUUCUUGUGCUCAGCUGGAGGAUGAUGACAUCAGUGAUGAUGUGAAGUGCAUGAGGAAGAUCUAUGCUGAGCAUCAGCGUCUCUCUGGAGAUGGAUUCAAUGCCUGGACAGUUUAUGGGCUUCACUGCCGAGGGAGGGCGGAAAAGUACAUUGAUGGAUGUUUCACGGAGGAUGACCAGGACAAUGUUAUCAACAGAGUGCCGGGAAUUGUAGCUCCUGUCCAUCCACCAUCAUUUACUCCCAAAACUCCUCCAGUUCCAAGCGUUCGGAAGCUCGGAAAAAUCUACAGUCGAUGUGAAUUGGCGCAGGAACUGCUGUACAUUCACUUCCUGCCUAGAGAUCAGAUAGCCACCUGGGUUUGUAUAGCUGAGCAUGAAUCUAGCUUCAAUACAGCUGCUGUGGGACGCUUAAAUGCCGACGGAAGUGCUGAUCAUGGACUCUUCCAAAUCAGUGAUCUCUAUUGGUGUUCUCCUCCAGGAAAUGGCCUCGGCUGUGGCAUUAGCUGCGAUCUACUCGAAGAUGACGAUAUUACAGAUGAUGUUGAGUGUAUUCGAACGAUUCACAAUGAGCACACAAGGAUCUCAGGAAAUGGAUUUACAGCCUGGACAGUUUACAAUAGAAAUUGUCUGUGGAAUGUUGAUCAGUACAUUGAAGGCUGCUUCCCGGAAGAAGUUCCAACGACGGAAAAAACAACAACUUCCCGAGGAUUUUCCUUCAGUUUUGGCCAGAACUUCCCAGCUACAGAAGCACCCAAGGAAGAGAUUCUGAGUCAAAAGCCAGAAACCACAACCAGAAGAUUUCAAUUCACUUUCAGCGACAGGAAAACUGAAGCUCCAGGAGCACCGGAAGUGGCUACAAGACAACCUCCGGAACCUCCAACUAGGAGAUUCUCUUAUAGAUUUGGUGAGAAAGUGGCAACUACUCAACCUCCUGCGCCUCCUGCGGCUCCUAAAGAAGUGAUUCUAAGUCAAAAGCCAGAAACCACAACUCCCAGAAGAUUUCUAUUCUCUUUCGCGGACAGAGGAUCUACAAAAGCCCCGGAAGUUGUUCAAACUCAGACUUCUAGAACAUUCUCAUACAGAUUUGGUGAACAAGUAGCCACUACAGAAGUCCCUAAAGAAAUUUCAACACAAACGACAUCCAGGACUUUCGGCUUUGGAUCCACAACAACAGAAUCACCAAGAAAAGUCCUGACCACGAAGAAAAAAGGCCAGACAUUCAAUAUAUUCGAUUUUUACUUGAAUUAUUUCAAAGCGACACAGAAAACCACAAAAAAGCCCACAAUUUACAAGACCACCACACUAGAAAUCCCAGAAACUCCUACAGAAAUCACGACAGAAAGGAUCAUUGAAACCACCACGAAGAAGCCCAGUGUCUUUGAUAUUUACCUGAGAAGAACAACACUUCCGGCUAAAAUUUUCGCGCCAAAAAGUACGACUUUCUUCGCAAAUUCCCUGCCUACAGUCAAACCAUUUGAUCUGGAUUACAUUAAGGGAUUGACAACGCCGAAGAAUAUCAUCUCCCGAGCUGUCCAAGAUGUUCCUGCCCCAUUUAGCCAGAGAGCACACUUCGACAGUAUCUUUGAUACAUUCUUCCAUGGAUAGACAACUAAAGCAUAAUUCCGGACGCGUGGUGGGCCAAAAAAGGCGUGACAUCAUUGGUCAAUAGCGUUUUUACAUAGUUAAUUAGCUGGACAAGAUAUUUAAGCAUAAAACGACACUUGUCUGGAGAUCAAGUGUAAAAAUAGUGCUUUUUGUGGAAGAGACUCCGCAGUCAAAAUGGGCAAUUAAUCAAAGUCUCAAGUGGAUUGACCCUUGGGAUUUCUGCAUUUUUUUUUAGUAGCACCUCAGCUUCUGGAUAGAGAUAGUAUACGAAAACUUGCCGAUAACUUGUGUUCUUACUCGAGUAUUUCCAUCAAAACACGGAGAGUGAUUAAGUGGACAACCAGAGACUAAUUUACGAGCGCUGUGUAAUUUUAAGGGGGGAUAUUCGCUUUGAAAGCUUGGAAGAGAUAAUGUGGAAAUAAAAGACUUUCUCAAACA